UGGCGCGAGAUUUGAAGCCCUAAAAAGCAAUUGUCUUCGCUCCCUUUCUCGUUCCUCCAUUUGAGAUCCAUUGAGGUCUCUCUCUCUCUCUCUGAUUUCUCAGUCCAAAGAUCGCCGCCUUCGAGAGCUUUUGUGUGGAUUCUCUCUGUUGAGAUGAAUUUUUUCGCUGGUUCAAGAAGAGAAAAUUAGAAAAUGUGAUCUUUUUCACCUCUUGUGAGUUUGAAGAAUAAAAUUAAAAGAGUCUUGAUGUGGCUUGCAUAUCCAGAUCUGAAAAUUUGAAGUCAUAAGAUCAAAGGAAUGGGCAACUAAGGAUUGAGAAUGGCAAAGAGUGGUGCAUCUAGGAAUGAAGGGAAAAAUAAAGACUCCAAGCUAGUAGAUCACAGCUCUGUGCAUUUUGAAUCUAGUGUAGUCGGCUCCUUGUCAAAUGUAAGCCCUCCCAGGAGACAAUCUCCAAGGCUUAAGGGGAUCAAUGCUGUCUAUGAAUCAGUUGAUGAUUACAGUUCAAAACUUCAUCAGCCAAACAACAAUAACCACCCUUUUGUCACCGAGCAAAUCAAAUCUGAAGUACAUGAGGAGGGUAAUCUCAACGAUAACUGUAAACAAAGAUGCAUUACAUGCAGUAGCGAUUUAGAUUCAAGCAGCAACACUGAUGACCCUAAUAUUAUCAGCAUGACUUUGAAGGAUUUCCAAGCCAGAUGUAAAGCUAAGAAACGCAAGUCCCUUAAACAUAAUGCCUCAAUGUCCACCGCCUUAAAGAGUCAAUCAAGUUCUGAUCUAUCUCAGGAACAAGAUCAUUCCAGUGAGAGGCCAGAUGAGGAAUCUGAUCUAAACCUACCUCUUAUUAGCUUAAAAUUGAAAGUAAUGAAAAAAUCAAGUCCGCCUGGGAGAAAGCGAAGCCGUUUAUGCUCUUCAGAACAUUCUAGUUGUUCUAAAGCUGAACCAUCUGGUGGUGAAGAGGAUUCUCAAGCUCUUACAAGGAAAAUUGUAAUUGAAAUAAACAAUUCUAACCCUCCACCAGUUGGACAACUGAAGAUUGAUCCUGAACUGCUUAAUGUGAAAAAUGAGAUCUUGGAAAAUGGUUCCUUGGAUGCUUGCAUCGCCCUUGAUGUUGGUGAAAAUUCUUUCUUGGGCAUAUCUAAUAAAUAUCAAGAGGUAUAUGAGGCUGAAUUCAGUGAGGGGAUCAAUGGUCUCAAUUCUUCUCCAAAAGGUUUAGUGCAGACAGAGUUAAAUGAUCAUGCAGCUAAUCCUAAUUUGACAUGUUGUAUAAAAAGUGAGAUAUUGGAUGCCCAUAAUCAAGAACAUAAGAGCACGGUUUUUGUUGCCAAUCCUGCUAAUGGGGAUUUCACUGCAAAUUUCACCUGCCCUGUUAACAUGCAAGUGGAAUUAGAUGGAGGUGAUGAAAGUGAUUUACAGAAGGAAGAAUUAAACUGUUCUGAUAAUACAAUAUCAGAAUGUUGUGUAAAUGAAGUUUCUAUGUUACAUAUGAAACACAAAUAUAACUGUCUUGCAGACUUUGCUAAAGAUACUAUUUGUAUUGAAAGCUCAGAGCCAGUAGUGCCUUCUAGAGUUCCUGCUUGUACCAGUACUAGCACCAACAAUGAUGGCUUCCCUAUUGAGGAUUCUAUCCAUGGCAAGAAUGUGAAUUGGUUGAAUGAUGGGAGUGUCAAAUGUUAUGAAAACGAGGAGAUAGCAAAUUGUGUUCCACUCAAGGCUAUUGAGGGCCAUGGAAAUAUGGUUUGUGAAGCUGAGGAGCUGCCAGUAUGCAGCAUCUGCACUGAUGAGGCCAUUGAUAAUAGUGACAGUUUUAGAGAUUCACACGAUUCAUUUGAUCAUUCUGUACCCAGCAACAAAGUUGAGUAUCUUGGUAAUAUGGUUGAUGAGGGUCUUUCAACAGAUUUGCCAGCAAAACAUAACAAAAUGCAUAUUUCUUGUGACUGUAGAGACUAUCCUGAAAAUGGAGCACAUGGUUUAUGUUCACAGAAAGUGGAUCAGUUUAAUGAUCGGAAUGGCAGUCAUUUUGGUGAAAACGGGGGAUCAACAAAUGAUAUAUAUGAUUGUUCCCCUAUCAAGGUGAUCGAACACUGUGGCAUUGUAGUAGAUGAACAGGCAAAAGAGUUGCUGAUAUGCAGUGUCAAUAGUGAUCCCGCCAUUGCCAGUAGUGCUAGUUUUAGGGAUUUUCAUGAUUCAUUUGAUACUUCUCCCACUGGCAACAGUGUAGAAUCUCUGGAUAAUAUGGUUGAUGAUGUUCAUAGAAAAGAAAUGCCAGCAUAUUGUAACACAAGGUACUUCUUUUCUCAUGCUGGAGGACAUUUGGAAAAUGGUACAUAUGAUCUAAGCUCACAGCAGUUGAAUGUUUGCUCAAGUAAUGGCUCUAUUUCUCAGAUUACUGGUGACAGAUUACAUGAAACCGAGCUUAUAUCUGCUAUAUCCGAAAAUGCAUUAAACUACUAUGGGAGUAAAAUUGACUGUGACUCUGAUGAAUUCGCCAGAGUGAUUGACACCAAAGUAGUUAGAGCAGCUGUUGAUGACCAUUCGCCUCGAUGUCCUGCAUCUUGUUUGGGUUCUUUCUGCCUUCUGCGGUUAACUGAUGAUAGUACAUCUGAAGCAGAAGAAAAUAUUCUGCCUUCUACUUUUCACAGUGAGACAGAUGCUGCAGCAGAGAGACCAGCUUGUCCUCCUGAAAUCUUGCCCAAGGAUGACUGCCCCAAAACAGAGUUCAAUCUGGAUCAAUCCAUUGGUGGACUGGAACAUACCCCAGAGAAGUUACUAUCAAAUAGAAAGACUAUUUCUCCAACUUCUCAGGAAAAACUUCGUCAGGCUGUAAAUGGGGUAGACUUAUAUGAUGCCCUACAAAGUUCAAAGACUAGAAAGAGGCUUUGGUAUGAGAAUUCUGCUGGAAAUGAGAUCCCUUCAUCACUGUCAGGCUCAAAUGAAAGUAAACCAUUAUCAUUCUCUGACAGAAUGACGAAGAAACCGAAAGGCAGAAAUGAUGAUCUUCCUAUAGCUGUCAAAGGGAUUCUCAAGUCACCGGACGCAUCUAACAGAUCUCCUUGUUCUUGCAUGGAGAGCUCACUAGCGAAGAAGCAAACUCAGAAGGCCAUUGAAUUCUCACAGCAGCAAAUGCAUGAUAUAGAAGGGGUAGCUAUGAAGCUUCUAAAGGGGUUGAAGUCCAUGAAGAGCAUUGUUCAAAGAAAUAUGCUUUCAGAAGACUCUUUACCUAUGACUUCAAACUUAGCUACUGAUGAGAUCAGAGCAGCUCUUGACAAUGCAUCAACUCUUGAAGGCUACACAAAGAGAUGGCUAACUAUAAUGGCCAGGGAUUGUAACCGGUUCUGCAAAAUAAUGAAAGGGGACAAGAAGGAGGCUUCUGUUAAUGGAAUUCGCAAGGAGGGAAAGAAAAUAAGCUUUGCUGAUGAAGCUGGAGGCUUGCUAUGCCAUGUGAAGGUUUUCGAAUAACUGGCAUUUGCUAUAUCUCGGCUAAAGGCUUUAACAAUAUGUGUCCAAUGAUUAAGUAUUCGAUUUUGGAUUGGUGGGCAGAUGAAGGAAGGAAUCAACAAUGGCUUUGUUUUUUUGUCAACAUAUGAUCAUGUAGAAUUGAAACAGGUAUUCCACUGCCUUUGUUAUUGAUUGUGUUCUCUGUAACUUGUGUAGCUUGAGUGUUUAUGUAUAACUCACAAGGUUUGCUGCUGUUGUAACUAAUUAUACUUGAAAUUAUGAAAAAUUUCAGUGAAGCAGUUACCAUUUU